AUGAUAAGACACCUCUCCUCCUCUUCCUACUCACUCCUCCCCUCCAUCGCUCCUCCUCCCCCUCCAUCUCUCCCCCUCCAUCUUUCCUCCUCCCCCUCCAUCUCUCCUCCUCCUUAUCUCCGCCUCCUUCUCUCCCCCUCCAUCUACCCCCCUCCUUCUCUCCCCCUCCAUCUUUCCUCCUCCCCCUCCUUCUCUCCCCCUCCUUCUCUCCCCCUCCUUCUCUCCCCCCUCCUCCUCCCCUCUCUCUCUCCCCCCUCCUUCUCUCCCCCUCCUUCUCUCCCCCUCUCUCUCCUCCUCCUUCUCUCCCCCUCCUUCUCUCCCCCUCCUCUCUCUCCUCCUCCAUCUCUCCCCCUCCAUCUUUCCUCCUCCCCCUCCAUCUCUCCUCCUCCUUCUCUCCCCCUCCAUCUUUCCCCCUCCAUCUUUCCUCCUCCAUCUUUCCUCCUCCAUCUUUCCUCCUCCCCCUCCUUCUCUCCCCCUCCUUCUCUCCCCCUCCUUCUCUCCCCCUCCAUCUCUCCUCCUCCUUCUCUCCCCCUCCUUCUCUCCCCCUCCUUCUCUCCUCCUCCAUCUUUCCUCCUCCAUCUUUCCUCCUCCCCCUCCAUCUCUCCUCCUCCUUCUCUCCCCCUCCAUCUUUCCUCCUCCAUCUUUCCUCCUCCCCCUCCUUCUCUCCCCCUCCUUCUCUCCCCCUCCUUCUCUCCCCCUCCAUCUCUCCUCCUCCUUCUCUCCCCCUCCUUCUCUCCCCCUCCUUCUCUCCUCCUCCAUCUCUCCCCCUCCAUCUUUCCUCCUCCCCCUCCAUCUCCUCCUCCUCCUCUCUCUCCCCCUCCAUCUUUCCCCCUCCAUCUUUCCUCCUCCAUCUUUCCUCCUCCCCCUCCAUCUCUCCUCCUCCUUCUCUCCCCCUCCAUCUUUCCUCCUCCAUCUUUCCUCCUCCCCCUCCUUCUCUCCCCCUCCUUCUCUCCCCCUCCUUCUCUCCCCCUCCAUCUCUCCUCCUCCUUCUCUCCCCCUCCUCUCUCCCCCCUCCUUCUCUCCUCCUCCAUCUCUCCCCCUCCAUCUUUCCUCCUCCCCCUCCAUCUCUCCUCCUUCUCUCCCCCUCCAUCUUUCCUCCUCCAUCUUUCCUCCUCCCCCUCCUUCUCUCCCCCUCCUUCUCUCCCCCUCCAUCUCUCCUCCUCCUUCUCUCCCCCUCCUUCUCUCCCCCUCCUUCUCUCCCCCUCCAUCUCUCCCCCUCCAUCUUUCCUCCUCCCCCUCCAUCUCUCCUCCUCCUUCUCUCCCCCUCCAUCUACCCCCCUCCAUCUCUCCCCCUCCAUCUUUCCUCCUCCCCCUCCAUCUCUCCUCCUCCUUAUCUCCGCCUCCUUCUCUCCCCCUCCAUCUACCCCCCUCCUUCUCUCCCCCUCCAUCUUUCCUCCUCCCCCUCCUUCUCUCCCCCUCCUUCUCUCCCCCUCCUUCUCUCCCCCUCCAUCUCUCCUCCUCCUUCUCUCCCCCUCCUUCUCUCCCCCUCCUUCUCUCCUCCUCCAUCUCUCCCCCUCCAUCUUUCCUCCUCCCCCUCCAUCUCUCCUCCUCCUUCUCUCCCCCUCCAUCUUUCCCCCUCCAUCUUUCCUCCUCCAUCUUUCCUCCUCCAUCUUUCCUCCUCCCCCUCCUUCUCUCCCCCUCCUUCUCUCCCCCUCCUUCUCUCCCCCUCCAUCUCUCCUCCUCCUUCUCUCCCCCUCCUUCUCUCCCCCUCCUUCUCUCCUCCUCCAUCUUUCCUCCUCCAUCUUUCCUCCUCCCCCUCCAUCUCUCCUCCUCCUUCUCUCCCCCUCCAUCUUUCCUCCUCCAUCUUUCCUCCUCCCCCUCCUUCUCUCCCCCUCCUUCUCUCCCCCUCCUUCUCUCCCCCUCCAUCUCUCCUCCUCCUUCUCUCCCCCUCCUUCUCUCCCCCUCCUUCUCUCCUCCUCCAUCUCUCCCCCUCCAUCUUUCCUCCUCCCCCUCCAUCUCUCCUCCUCCUUCUCUCCCCCUCCAUCUUUCCCCCUCCAUCUUUCCUCCUCCAUCUUUCCUCCUCCCCCUCCAUCUCUCCUCCUCCUUCUCUCCCCCUCCAUCUUUCCUCCUCCAUCUUUCCUCCUCCCCCUCCUUCUCUCCCCCUCCUUCUCUCCCCCUCCUUCUCUCCCCCUCCAUCUCUCCUCCUCCUCCUUCUCUCCCCCUCCUUCUCUCCCCCUCCUUCUCUCCUCCUCCAUCUCUCCCCCUCCAUCUUUCCUCCUCCCCCUCCAUCUCUCCUCCUCCUUCUCUCCCCCUCCAUCUUUCCUCCUCCAUCUUUCCUCCUCCCCCUCCUUCUCUCCCCCUCCUUCUCUCCCCCUCCAUCUCUCCUCCUCCUUCUCUCCCCCUCCUUCUCUCCCCCUCCUUCUCUCCCCCUCCAUCUCUCCCCCUCCAUCUUUCCUCCUCCCCCUCCAUCUCUCCUCCUCCUUCUCUCCCCCUCCAUCUACCCCCCUCCAUCUCUCCCCCUCCAUCUUUCCUCCUCCCCCUCCAUCUCUCCUCCUCCUUAUCUCCGCCUCCUUCUCUCCCCCUCCAUCUACCCCCCUCCAUCUCUCCCCCUCCAUCUUUCCUCCUCCCCCCUCCUUCUCCCCCCCUCCUUCUCCCUCUCCAUCUCUCCCCCUCCAUCUCUCCUUCCCCCCCUCCAUUGCUCCUCCUCCCCCUCCAUCACUCCUCAUCUCCUCCUCUCCCCCCCUCCAUCACUCCUCUUCUCCUCCUCUCCCCCUCCUUCUCUCCCCCUCCAUCUCCUCCUCUCCCCCCCUCCAUCACUCCUCUUCUCCUCCUCUCCCCCUCCUUCUCUCCCCCUCCAUCUCCUCCUCUCCCCCCCUCCAUCACUCCUCUUCUCCUCCUCUCCCCCCCUCCAUCACUCCUCUUCUCCUCCUCUCCCCCUCCUUCUCUCCCCCUCCAUCUCCUCCUCUCCCCCCCUCCAUCGCUCCUUCUGCCGCUGGUUCUUGUCAGUAA